UGCCCACGGGCGCUGCGUGCAACGGCCGCCGCCGUUUGGGCUCAUCUUGCUGAGUUCCCGGAUGGAUCUUCCCUGACCCACUGUACCCACUCGUGGCUGGAAGUGGAUCCAACCGGUCCCUGCGUGAGGCUCAUUUCUUAUUCCCAACGAUCCUUUGGGUCUCAGUGUUCGUACUGCCUCCUCUGUGAAGUGUUCCUGGGCUUCCCAAGACUGUCUUAGCUGCUCCUGGGCAGAGCUUCCACCAUCUUGCACGAGUACCUGCUUUGAAGUUAAGGUUUGUGGAGAUGAACAAUUCAACCAUACCCAAGCUCUUGGAACUUGCAGCCCACAGCCUGCUGAGCAGGGAGGCUAUGCCUGCCUUGGAAGAGUUCACUGUCGACCUCUUCCCACCAUUGCUCACUGCUGCAUUUUCCAAGGGUCACAAGAAGGCCCUGAAGGAGCUGGUGCAGGCCUGGCCUUUCCCUUUUCUCCGUCUGGGCUCCCUGAUAGUGCGGUGGCCCAACCAAGACAGCUUGCAAGCAGUGCUGGAUGGGCUGGAGGCCCUCCCUGCCAAUAGGACUUGUCCCAGGAAGUCAGAACUGAGGGUGUUGGAUUUGACUCUGGAUUUUGAGCAAGUCCAGGGGAAAGGUGCCUCAGAGGCCUUGGCCAAGUUCCCUUUUUGGUUACCAUCGACUGUCAAGGCAGAGAUCCCCCAGGCCACAGCCAGGCCCAAGCCAACAGAGAACGCAAAAAAAGGCCUAAGGCAGCCAUGGGAGCCAGUGAAAUUACAUAUUGAUCUUUUCUUACGAGGUCCCUUCAAAUUAGAUACGUUCCUUUCUGGCCUCCUGAAUAGAGUGGAACGGAGCUGUGGGUCCCUGCAUCUCUGCUGUAGGAAGUUGCAUAUCGAAGAAAUGCCUUUUAACAGCCUGAUAGGAAUCCUGAAAACUCUGGACCUGAAUUUCAUCCAGGAACUGGAGGUGUUUGACUGGUUUCGGGCACUAUCAGAGCAGAGCCUGUUUGCCACUCAGCUGGGAAGGAUGUGCAACCUGCAGAGCCUCAAGCUGGCCUACUACCACUGGGCCUUCUCCCCAGAUGGUGAGCAGUCCUCCAGCUACUUCCUCUCCCAGCUCAGCAAGUUGGCCCACCUCCAGAAGCUCCACCUAUCCUACUCCUACCUCUCAGGCAAUCUACAUCAAGUGCUCAGCUGCUUGCAGUCACCCCUGCAGACCCUGGAGAUCCGCUCCUGUACUCUUCUGGACACAGACAUCACCUACUUGUCCCAGAGCCCUCAUGCCACUUGCCUGAAGAAGCUGGAUCUGAGUGGCAACAACCUGUCCCAUGUGGUCCCUGGGCCCUUAGAGACCCUCUUGCAGGAGGUCUCGGGGACACUGCAGCACCUGGACCUGAACCACUGCCGGCUGAAGGACGGCCAUCUCAGUGCCAUUCUGCCGGCCCUGUGCCGCUGCUCCCACCUCAGCUCCCUGGGCCUCUCCGACAAUCCUGUCUCCAGGGCCGGGCUGAUGACCCUGCUGGAACACACAACAGGGCUAAUGGAACUGAAGCGAGUUCUCUACCCAAUCCCUGUUGAGUGCUGUGUGUACCUGCAAGGCCUCUCCUGGGGCCCUGUCAACAAAGGGAAGUUGUGCCAGGUACAGGCUGAGCUACAGAAAGUGCUACAGGCUGUGCAGCGGGCUGACAUGCAAUGGAGCCCCCCACUGCCCUCACCCUUGCCUGUGAGGCUGGUGCAGCUCGACUGAGGGCCAGGCAAAAGGCCCAGAAAACUGUGGUCAGAGAGGGCAUAGCUGGGGCCCCAGACUUCCUGUUAGGCCCCUGUUAUUGGAAAGGAACAUAAAGGAAACUUCC